CCCUUGUUCUUCCCUUCUAGCUCGUGCUCCGUGGGGGAUUUGUCCAUAAGAGAAGAGAUGGAAAGAAGAAAAGAAAGAGGAGAAGAGAACGAGAGUGAUGAUUCAGUUCGGGAAAAGAGAAAGGAAGAAGAGACGAAAAGAAUAAUUGAAGGGUACCCAGUGGAGGGAUUGUCAAUAGGAGGGCAUGAAACUUGCAUUAUUUUCUCUUCUCUCAAUAUGGCUUUCGAUAUUGGUCGAUGCCCACAACGCGCUAUCUCACAGGACUUCCUUUUCAUCUCUCAUGCUCACAUGGAUCAUAUUGGAGGACUGCCUAUGUAUGUUGCCACCCGUGGCUUAUACCGAAUGAAGCCUCCAACAGUUGUUGUGCCCACUUGCAUCAAAGAAACUGUCGAACAACUCUUUGAGGUGCAUAGGAGACUUGAUGGAUCAGAGCUCAAGCAUCACCUUAUCGCUCUCGAUGUCGGACAAGAGUUUUAUGUGAGAAAGGACCUUAAAGUAAGAGCAUUCAAGACGUACCACGCAAUUCAAAGUCAGGGUUAUGUGGUUUACUCUGUGAAACAGAAACUUAAGCAGGAGUACCUUGGCCUUUCUGGGAAUGAGAUUAAAAGCUUGAAGUCAUCAGGUGUUGAGAUUACAAACACUGUAACUUCUCCUGAGAUCGCUUUUACUGGUGACACCAUGUCAGACUUUAUUAUCGAUGAAACCAAUAUUGAUGUUUUGAGGGCCAAGGUUCUUGUUAUGGAGAGCACCUUUGUUGAUGGCACAGUAACAGUUGAGCAUGCAAGAGAUUAUGGGCACACUCAUCUAUUUGAGAUAGUUAACUAUGCAGACAAAUUUCAGAACAAAGCAAUCCUUCUAAUUCAUUUUUCAGCUCGUUACACAGUGAAGGAAAUCCAAGAAGCUGUACAAAGACUACCACAGCCUUUAGCUGGCCGAGUUUUUGCACUUACAGAAGGUUUUUGAUGAGAUGGAUGAGAAAAGAAGUUGAGAAAGCAUAUUUCUUGGUGUAUUUUGUCACACCGCAAACUCAUGCCAGGAUUCCUGGCUUUCAUUCACACUCUUCAAAAGAAUCUAUUUAGGUGAUAGGCAGGGCUUCUAUUAUUUUCUUACCCAAAGCUUUCAUUUAAUGAGGGAUGUUGUCUCGUUGUAGAAUUUUUGUAUCCCUCUAAACGCAAGAAUAGCUGUCUCAUGUUGUUAGCUCACUGAAAGCUGGCCUUCGAAUUAUUUUU